AUGGGGGCUUCUCUAUCAGAGCUAGAGCAACAACAACAACAACCAGAACAACAGCCACAAACACAUCAUCAUUCACAGCCACAGCCACAACAAAAUCAUCACCAACCAAAUGAACCAACCAACAAGGAAGAAUUACGAUCACCUUCCAGAAGGGAAAAAUUGUUGUUGUCUCCUCAACAAAACGUAGAACCCUUCAGAAAGGUGGUACAAAAUGGCCCAGUUGCGAAAGCCAAAUAUGAAAGCCAAUCAGGUUCUAAACCUCCGAUCAAACAACUAAGUUUCCCACAUAAGUAUGAGAAUAUAUUGAUGGAUGCAGACUCAUCAGUUGAUAAAUCUUCCAGGGAAAAGAUGUUUGAUCAACUACAUGCUGGUGUGUUCUUACAUCACAAAACUAAGAAAUAUUGGGUUGAAAAGAAGUUCAACGCCAACUGUUUUAUGUUGUAUGCAAGAGCACUAUCAAUCACUUGGGCAGAGAAUCCAAUUUACUGGGAAUGGAAACAGCAAAAAGAUGCAAGUGACGGUGUGACUGACGUGGCUGAACUGAUGAGAGUUUGCUGGCUAGAAGUGCAUGGAAAAUUUGACACUAGAAAGCUUUCGCCGGGAAUUUUAUAUCAAGUUUCAUUUUGUGUAAAGUUGAUAGAACCAGCUCAGGGUUGGGAACUCCCGGUAAAUGUAAGACUUGUUCUUCCAGGAGGAAAGAAGCAGCAAUACAAGGUGAAUUUAAUGGAGAUUUUAAGGGGAAGGUGGAUAGAGGUUCCAGUUGGUGAGUUUGUAGUAUCUGAGAAAGAUGCUGGUGAGAUGGAGAUAUCUAUGUUUGAAUAUGAAGGUGGUAUGUGGAAGCAGGGGCUUGUUAUCAAAGGGAUUGCAAUCAAACCAAAGGAAUGA